UACUAAUGAUCUGCAAGUGCCUAACAGGAGCGGAAACCUUUAUACCACCUUAUCUCUAGUGGUGUGGGAGAACAAACAGCCUUCUGUAUAGUGACUGACAAAGCCAGGAAGACGACACCAAAUCUUCACAUGCUCUUUUGUACUGGUGGAGCCAUGUGUGUUUUCCUUGUUUAUUGAGAGAGAAUUGUUUUAAGCCUUGUCGUAGGAUCAUUUGUGUCAUCAAUUAUUAGGACACUUGGUUAAUAGCAUGAUUAGAAGCUUCAUUUCAAAUGUACUGUUUUAGUGAUCGAGUCAAGGAGGAGCCCUGCCCGCUUGCAAAUCGUAUUACUACACACUUGAAAGAGAAGAAAGCCAUCAUCCAUCACCACUUCUUGUCCUCUUCCUUUUGACUCAUCCCAGCCACCACCCAUCAACAUUAAAUGCCUUAAAGACCAUGCCAUGCAUGACUAGGAACUGCGUUUGCAACACAAACCUAACCAGCCUAUAAGUGGUUUGGCCUAAGGCUGCUGCUGCUGCUGCUGCUGCUGCUGUUCUUCGUAUUGGCGUAGAGAUCAGAAAGCAGCAUGAAAGAUAUGUUAAUAGUGGAUAGGAGACAGGGUGGGAAAAAGUACUUUGUCUCAGCUCCUUCACCUUCCUCGAGAAAUAGUAACAUCCAUGUUCAAAUAGUUUAGUAGCAUGCCCUUUUGACGGUGCAUUAAAUAUGCCGGAGAACAUAUGUAUAACAGGCUAUAUAUGAGAGAGGCUCUACUCGACAUGACAAUAGCAGAGGAGAUCGCCCUCCCCCGGUCUGCAGCUGGUCGGAUGGCAACGGCAGGGAAUGGGAGGGAGGAAGAAGGGAAGAAGAAGAAGAAGAGAAAGCAGGGGGGCCUUAAGACCAUGCCAUUUGUACUAGCAAAUGAAGCCUGCGACCGAUUCGCCACCACCGGAUUCAAUGCCAACAUGAUCACCUACUUGACGCAGCAGCUGCACAUGCCCCUGGUGCAGGCCUCCAACACCCUCACCAACUUCAGCGGCACCUCUAGCCUCACCCCGCUCGUCGGCGGCCUCAUCGCUGACUCCUUCGCCGGCCGGUUCUGGACCAUCACCAUCGGCUCCGUCAUCUACCAGCUGGGCAUGAUCAGCCUCACCGUGUCGGCAAUCCUCCCAGCAUUCCGCCCGCCGCCCUGCACCGGCCCUGCAGCGUGCGCACGCGCGUCCGCGUGGCAGCUCGUGGCCCUCUACGUCUCCCUCCUCUUCACGUCGAUCGGGACCGGCGGCAUCCGGCCGUGUGUUGUGGCCUUCGGGGCCGACCAGUUCGGCAUCCAACACGGGCGUCGGCCCGACGCCGGGGGGUGGAACUUCUUCAACCUCUACUUCUUCAGCAUGCAGGUGGCGGUGCUGACGGCCUUGACGGCGGUGGUGUACGUCCAGGACAAUGUGGGAUGGGGAUGGGGGCUGGGCAUCCCCACCAUAGCCAUGUGCAUCUCCGUCGUGGCCUUCGUGAUGGGUUACCCGCUCUACAUCAAGAUGAAGCCCGGGGGGAGCCCUUUGACCAGGUUGACCCAGGUCGUGGUUGCCGCCUUCCGGAAGCGGAAUGCAGUCAAACCAGCCGAUCCGCGCCUCUUGUACGACGACGAGGAGCUCGACGCCGCCAUCUCCACCAAUGGAAGACUGCUCCACACCGAUCAGCUAGGGUUCUUGGAUCGAGCCGCGAUCGUGACCGAGGGCGACAUGGUGGACUCCGGCAGGCCGAGGCUGUGGACGCUCUCGACGGUCCACCGGGUGGAGGAGCUGAAGUCGAUCAUCCGGAUGAUACCCAUCUGGGCCGCCGGGAUCCUGACCAUCACCGCAUCCUCCCACAACCACAGCUUCGCGAUCCAGCAGGCGAGGACGAUGGACCGCCACCUCGCGCCGCGGUUCCAGAUCCCAGCGGCCACCCUGUCCAUCUUCUCCACGCUCACCAUGCUCCUCAGCCUCGCCUUGUACGACCGCGUCUUCGUCCCCGUCGCCCGUCGGUUCACGCGGCGGCCGUCGGGCAUCACGUACCUCCAGCGCAUCGGCAUCGGCAUGGCCGUCGGACUAUCGGCCAACGUGGCCGCCGCGCUCGUGGAGGCGAAGCGGAAGGGGGCGGCCGCCGACCACGGGCUGGUGGAUCAGCCGAAAGCGGUGGUGCCCAUCAGCGUUUUCUGGCUGGUGCCGCAGUACGCCAUCCACGGGCUAGCCGAGGCAUUCACGUCGGUGGGUAACAUGGAGUUCCUCUACGACCAGGCGCCGGAGAGCAUGAGAAGCACGGCGGCGGCGCUGUUCUGGCUCGCCAUGUCGAUCGGGAACUACAUGGGCACCUUCUUAGUGACCGUGGUGCACCACUGCACCGGCAAGGGAGGCGACUGGCUGCAAGACAACAUCAACAGGGGGAAGUUAGAUUACUACUACUGGCUGGUGACGGGGUUACAGGUGCUCAACUUGGGUUACUACAUCACCUGUGCAAUGUUGUACACUUACAAGCCACUGGAAACCAUGGCCGGAGCGGAGGAUGAAGAAUCUGGCGUCGUUGAUGGUGCAGAGCUCACUGCCGUCAAACAUGGAGAAGAAGAUUAAGGGCACACCCACAUAGGUUAUCACUGUUACGGUGCGUUAUUCAUUGGACUCCAUUGCUGGCCUUGGCCUUGCUGAACAUUGUGAUGCAUGCAGGUUGUAGAUUCUGCAUGGGAGAGUAAAUGAAGCAAAGCAGGAAAAAUGAUAAGGAGGAUCCAAAAAAGCUGCAAGAGUUUUCUCAGCAGAGAACACAAUGAAUUCUUUAACAUCA